AGAGGACCUCCACAGACGCUUCUUGGCGGCCCUCAAACAUCACCGCCCAGAGGUGCUAGCAGAUGCCGAGCGCCGCGCCGCGCGCCGCCGCGCGCGCGCGGAGGAGGAGGGGCGGCUGGCGGAAUUGUUCAAGGCAGCGGCGGCGGCGGCGCCGGCAGAGGGCACCGCUGGUGGCGGCCGGUGCGGCGGCAGCGGCGGGGAGGGGCAGGCGGCAGUGGCCGCGGAGGCAGGCGCGGGCGGCUUUGCUUUUGGGUUUGCGCUGUGA